UUUCAAACCCGGAUCCGCGAGCUCUGUUGUGGGCAAGACAUAACAACCAGAGACGUUAUUGAGCAUUUUUACUAUAACGUACUUCCAAACCACCACACAAGUCCAACGAGCCAUUUUCAUUAAAACAUCUGCUGAAGAGAAGAGACUUAAGUCUGAUAGAAAUGGAAAAAGGAGAGACCGUAUCGAUAACUUCCAGAAAAGAGUUGCGUGAGCAGAAGUUGAUGGAGUACUUGGCAAGAAAAGGAAAGCUGAAACCGCCUAACCCUAAGCCAUACCUCCGUGAUGACCAACAAGUUAAGAAUCCUGGGACAUCUACACAGGUUGUUAAUGGAAAAGAGAACAAGGCUCCAGCUGACAGAUUAAAAUAUGAAAGUACAAAAAUUCAGACUACUCAAUCUACAAAAUAUCCUGCCAAAGGAGCAUUUAGUAUCGCGAACAGAGUGAAUGUAAAAGGCAAAAUCCUGACUGUACAACAGAAUACCAAUCGCCCAUCUGUAAUUUCUGGCGUUGCACAGGCAAAACCUAAACCAAACCAUGUGCUGACAACAACGUACAAUGCUGUGUCGUCCAACCUGAUUGCAGCCAGCCACCUCAAAAAGCAGCCAAACACAGGAAACCCAUCUUCAACCAGAAGCUCAGUGAGAACAGUUGGAAUAAAACCAAACCGCAAAUUUGGCUGCAGCUCAAAUGCUAACUGGUCAUGUCAAAUGGAUGCAAACAGCAUGAGGAUGAGUAUCGGCCAUAUAGAAAAAACCAAAACUGGACUCAUUCCUGCUGUGAUUCAGCCCAGAAAUAGUCAUAACACAACACGCACCUCAUCAACAAGGGUUAAAAUAGCUUCUGUUCCUAACAACGUCAGAUCCGGCGCCUUGGCAUCGGUUUCCCAGAGGUCUGUGCUGACUCAGAGGAGAACACUACCUACCACUGCUCUAAAUAACACAGAGAGAUCAAGAGCUGGGAUUGGAGUUCAAAAUCAGUACAUGUCUAAACCUCUUUUGGUUAAACCGCCAUCUUAUACGACUCGACUGUCAAGUGGACUGAAAUCAGUUUCCACCUCCUCCACAUACGCAGCUAUUAGACCCGUGGAGAGAUUAGGAAUGUCCAAAACAAAUAAAUCGAGUGGUCAACCUACAGCCACGUCCACAGAGCAGACAGCCGAGGGCCGAGGGCGAAGAAACGGCCAACCGUUCAAAAUCGCCCCCCCUACAGUUGGAGGGGUUACAAGAGCUGCUGUGGCUGAGCUGGCAGGGAAAUCCAAGACAUGCAAAAAGACAGAUGAUAAGAAGGGACACAUGUCAGCAAAUGCCCCUCCACCGCAAGCAGGUUUGAAAAGAACAAGCGUUCCAGUGAUGUCCCAGACACUGCCACGGACAGGCAGGACCGUCAGCCACACCAGUCAGGCCACACACCCAAAGACACCCACGGUCGCGGUCAGGGUCAUUCCCCAGACGGAGGGAAGGAAACUGACUGCUGCCCAGGAGGAAAGAAUGAAAAAACUGCAGGAAUGGCGGGAGGCUAAGGGCAUUUCCUACAAGCGUCCCCCCAUGCCGGUGAAACCUACGGUCAAGCUCGCUGUUGCUGUCCCCAAACCAUUCUGGGGCCCCAUGGUUGAGGAAGACGAGGCCCAUUCCCUCAUCUCUGCCGUUGACAGAUCCCUGGAUGACUGCAUCACAUUGCUUGGAAAGGGUUGCGCAGAGCAGGUGAAGGACAUCCUCUCCCGGCUGCCGUCAGUGUGCAAGAAGUUUGCCAAAUACUGGAUCUGCCAGGCCCGUCUGAUGGAGCGGGAGGGAAACAUGGAGGUCCUGCCGAUGUUUGAAGAGGCUGUUGGAGUUGUUCUGGAGGCAAUGGACGAGCUGCGGACUGUGGUGUUUGAGAUUCUGAAGAGGAAGGACGAGAUCCAAGCAUCUGAAGCGAAUGAGCGAGAGGAGAACCAAAUUCCAACAAACGAUGGCACUCCUGAGAGUAUUGACAUCCCGAUGACUCCUAAACCCGUCAGAGCCAUUAUCUGCGGAGAGAAAGGAGACUCGUCUGUGGUCAAGUACAAGAUCACAGCAACGCCUGGUGGCCCGCCAAGCCAGCAGACAGAAACCAGACGGGUGAACGGCCAGGAGGUUCGCUUCUUCACUCCAGUAAGACGCUCGGUGCGAAUCGAGAGAUCCUCACUCCGAUACCCGGCUUCUCUCCAGGAACAUGACCUCUGUGUGGCCUCCUACACCGACCUGAUCUCAGAGGAGGAAGGAGAGAGGAGUGAAGAGCAGAAGGGAGGGGAAUCCAGCCCGUCAGCCGACGACACGCCACUAUACGUCUACAGACAGAACGAGGCGCUUAGAGACAAAGUGUUCGUCAAGUUGGUCUACGAUGAAGACGUUUCGCUUUAGCCGCUGACUUCAAACCCCAACGGUUUGCAUUUGAUGGAAUACUCAUAUGUUAAGCAUUUGUCUCUUGACGGGGUGUAAAGUAAAAUGUGUGUGCAUUAUUUUGUGUUUUCAGAUUCCAACCUUUCUGAGUUUUAACUUAUGUGGUGUAAAUAGAAAUGUAAAAUAAAUGUCUUUUUAAAAAAUAUAUACAGUGGGGCAAAAAAGUAUUUAGUCAGCCACCAAUUGUGCAAGUUCUCCCAUUUAAAAAGAUGAGAGAGGCCUGUAAUUUUUAUCAUAGGUAUACCUCAACUAUGAGAGACAGAAUGAGAAAAAAAAUCCAGGUUUCCACACACUGUUGCUGGUAUUUUGGCCCAUUCCUCCAUGCAGAUCUCCUCUAAAGCAGUGAUGUUUUGGGGCUGUCGCUGGGCAACACGGACUUUCAACUCCCUCCAAAGAUUUUCUAAGGGGUUGAGAUCUGGAGACUGGCUAGGCCACUCCAGGACCUUGAAAUGCUUCUUACGAAGCCACUCCUUCGUUGCCCUGGCGGUGUGUUUGGGAUCAUUGUCAUGCUGAAAGACCCAGCCACGCUUCAUCUUCAGUGCCCUUGCUGAUGGAAGGAGGUUUUCACUCAAAAUCUCACGAUACAUGGCCCCAUUCAUUCUUUCCUUUACACGGAUCAGUCGUCCUGGUCCCUUUGCAGAAAAACAGCCCCAAAGCAUGAUGUUUCCACCCCCAUGCUUCACAGUAGGUAUGGUGUUCUUUGGAUGCAACUCUGCAUUCUUUCUCCUCCAAACACGAUGAGUUGAGUUUUUACCAAAAAGUUCUAUUUUGGUUUCAUCUGACCAUAUGACAUUCUCCCAAUCCUCUUCUGGAUCAUCCAAAUGCCCUCUAGCAAACUUCAGACGGGCCUGGACACGUACUGGCUUAAGCAGCGGUACACGUCUGGAACUGCAGGAUUUAAGUCCCUGGCGGCGUAGUGUGUUACUGAUGGUAGCCUCUGUUACUUUGGUCCCAGCUCUCUGCAGGUCAUUCACUAGGUCCCCCCGUGUGGUUCUGGGAUUUUUGCUCACCGUUCUUGUGAUCAUUUUGACCCCACGGGGUGAGAUCUUGCGUGGAGCCCCAGAUCGAGGGAGAUUAGCAGUGGUCUUGUAUGUCUUCCAUUUUCUAAUAAUUGCUCCCACAGUUGAUUUCUUCACACCAAGCUGCUUACCUAUUGCAGAUUCAGUUUUCCCAGCCUGGUGCAGGUCUACAAUUUUGUCUGGUCUCCUUUGACAGCUCUUUGGUCUUGGCCAUAGUGGAGUUUGGAGUAUGACUGUUUGAGGUUGUGGACAGGUGUCUUUUAUACUGAUAACGACUUCAAGAAGGUGCCAUUAAUACAGGUAACGAGUGGAGGACAGAGGAGCCUCUUAAAGAAGAAGUUACAGGUCUGUGAGAGCCAGAAAUCUUGCUUGUUUGUAGGUGACCAAAUACUUAUUUUACCGAGGAAUUUACCAAUUAAUUCAUUAAAAAUCCUACAACGUGAUUUCCUGGAUUGUUUUUUCUCAUUCUGUCUCUCAUAGUUGAGGUAUACCUAUGAUAAAAAUUACAGGCCUCUCUCAUCUUUUUAAAUGGGAGAACUUGCACAAUUGGUGGCUGACUAAAUACUUUUUUGCCCCACUGUAUAUAAAUACACUUUGUUUUUUGAAUCCAGACACUCACACUCGUGGAAAACCAGUGCUUGUUGUUGUGCUGUUUAACUACAUCAUAGCUGGACCUGAAUCUACAGCUCCGGAACAAAUGGAGACCGCUCCAAAUCUUUCUUAAAUCUUUAUCUCUACAUCGAUGUCAGCCAUUCCAGAGUCUGUUGAAUUUCAACACAGAAAUGUUGUCAGUAGUUUAUAGAAUACAAUGAAAGAAAUGCAUUUAACUCAAACACAUACCUAUAAAUAAUAAAACCAGAGAAACUGA